AUUUCAUUUUCAUUCACUUUCUGUGGAUUCUAUUGACUUCGUCGACAAUUUCAAUUACGGCUGAAAAAUAGUUCUCUUACCGAUUUCAGCCUUUUAAUUACUAUAAAAUUAGUUAAACUAUAUCCUAAUAAAUAAUAAUUUACAGUUAGAAACGUUCAAUUAUUUACAAAAUGUCCAAUGAAUUCGUGAAUCCAGAUAACUUACCAGUGGAGAAAUUAGUACUAUCAGUGAAAAAUGCUGGUGUAAUUCGGCAAAUCAAAGCUUUGGUACCCCAUAUUUCUAAACAUGUCUCAAGUUGUGCAACCUAUAAUCCUAUCUUUGAUCCACAUUGGGUUGAAAAGAGACAGCUGACAUUAUAUGAAAGACCACCAGCGGGCAACACAUUGGUGACGGGUGCAAUAUCAGCAUGGAAGGAAAAAAUGGAUAUGUAUUUAGAUGAUUUAAAAUGGAUGCUAGGUUUAGAACAUCAUAAGUUUUGGAGUACAAUUCUUUAUCACACUCAGUGCAUGGAUGCUCUGGUAUCAUUCCUACAAGAGGCUAACCCACCGUACUUGCCUCCUCACGACAGUAGAGAUGUCCAGAAGCUAUAUGAAGAAAUCAGAAGGCUUGUGCUUAUCGUAUUUAGUAGGCUAGUAACAAAUAAAGAAAGUAAGACACAUUGGAUGAGUAGAGAACACAUGGCUGAACUGCUCUACAACAAGUUCAUAUACACAGUUCCUAUUGUGUGGGACCUCUGUCUCACAUAUGGAGUGGACAACAGCAGACACGUGGCUCGUAUGGUGGACAGUGUGUUCACCUUGCAGCCAAAGUAUGAGGGGGACACAGUGGCCGCUGUAGCGUUUGUCAAUGAGGCUUUCAAAUACAUAAUCCUGCAAGUAAACAAAGACUACGACAGUGAAGGACCCCCAAACUUACCAGAAACCUUCAAAGGGUUCAGUGAGAUCCGAAGGCCGUCCAACAGCAAAAGCACAGACAAACUCACAUUCGACGUAUUAAAAGAUCUGCUCAUACACAUAUUGGACACAGCGAUGACUUUAAGGAUAUUUUUAGAAGUGUACCCUAAAGGUGUGCAGAUAUUUAGGAAAACUAAUUUUAUUAUCAGUAUAGUCCAAUUGUACGAAUACGGAAUACCGCAGCUAUAUGAGAAGUUGCAAGAGCUGGGAGAUCCUACCAGUGUCGCUUUCACUGAAGCGGAGGCCUACAUAGACUCAGCCCGAUCCGAACUGAUAGACAUCUUUAGAGAAACACUAGCAGCUUAUAAGAAUGGGAUACUUAAUCAAGAAGGUAGUAUAUCCUCGCACGUGGAGCACUACCUGUCGGUGCUGAUGGAGGGCCUCUCGGAGCGGCUCCUGAUGCGCGACUACCACGCCGCCUACGCGCUGCACGACGACCUGGAGAUGUUGCGCCAGGCUUACCCCGAUAUUGAUCCGGUAAAAACCGACUUUAUUCUCCAAGCGAUAUACGCGAAUAUCGACGAACCAAUCCCAGAGAAUCUGCUGACCAAUAGCGAGCCAGUAACCAACGGCCAUGUUGAGACCACAGACAACCAGCCCAGAGACAACGAGAUUCCCAAUGACGUCAGAGAGGAGUCGUUGAUCAGCGAAGUGAAAGAUAUCUUGCCUCAUUUGGGCGAUGGGUUUAUUCUGAAAUGCCUCAAACAUUACGGGUUUAAUGCCGAAAGGGUUAUUAAUAGUAUUUUGGAGGGAAAUUUAGCGGAACCUUUGCAAGGUCUCGACCAAAGCAUGCCAAUAAUCCCUGAAGACCCGCUAGACCAGCACUACCUCGCGACGGGCGUCCAGCGGCUCAAUGUGUUCGACGGCGACGAGUUCGACAUCAUGACCAGAGACGACGUGGCGGUGGACAGGAUACACCUGGGCAAGAAGAAGGGCCAGUACAGGAACCUCACGGAUAUGCUGGACGACAAGACUGUGGUGCGGGAGCUGAAGAACAGGGACAUUUAUACAAAAUAUAACAUGGUGUGUGAUGAAGUAGACCUGUACUCGGACGAGUACGACGACACCUACGACUCCGACGGCGCGGCGCCGCCGCGGCCCGACGCCGAGGAGCCGAGGCGGCCGCUCGUUACGCCUAGAGCUUUACAGGCCACGAUGCCCAGGGCCCAAGAGGAGGAAUCCGAAGAAGAAUCGGAAGAUGAGGAACCACAAGCCGGCAGCAGUAACAACAGGAGUCGCCUGGACUUCUGUGUGAACCCGGAGGAGACCCGCGCGCGGAGGGAGGCCAACAUGAGGCGGGGGAGGGGACACCGACCACCUCCGCCCAGAAACGCCGACGUAGUGGGCAAAGCGAAGGGCCAAGGUCAAGAAAAGGAGGUUCUAAUGAACAGAGAACGUAAAGAGAAACACAAGUCUUCUCGCGGGAACCACAACCGACGGCAGGGCGCGUCGUGGAAGCGGAGUCAGGGAAUGAUGCCUUCUUAGAACUGCCUCUCCCUCUUCGCACUUGUGCCGGGUUGAAUUCGUGGCUGUGACGCCACAAAGCCCAAAUCCGAGUAAAAAAUAAUCUAAAAUUUUGAUGAUUCGACUUUGAUUUUAAGACCGUCCGCCUGCCUUACGUCCACCCUCUUUGGGGAUGCCGUUGUUGCUUGAUUUAAGUAUACUUUCUAUCGUUGACAAUUUCCGGAGAUUCUCUAAAUAAAUUGUCAUUGUAUAUCUGGAAUUUCUGAAAAAUUUUAAUGACCAUUUCCGAGCAUUCUCUAUAAUGUUACAGUCGACAACACAUCAGGCUAACCAGAUUCUAUGCAAAUUCGCGCCUAUUACCAUUAUCGCGGCAUAAAGAUCCUUCAAAGGUAGCUUGUCGUAUUACCGAUGUACAGUCGACUGUACAUCGGUAAUACGACGUUUUGAACUGGCUUGGACCAUUGGUACAAUACUAUCGUGUAUACGUAAAGUACGAACCGCAGCGCCGUGUUUUCGUGUUAGCUAACACAAAAACAUAUGUUUUCUUAACAGAUUAGGGGCGUGGCCUAACAGUUAUGUUAGAAAAAUAACAAAAACAUGUUUUCCGAACCGAAUGGAUAAUAUCCCCCGCGUUCGCGUGCGGGGAGGGAAGCGACUCAUUCUGUGUUAGCGCUCACUGAAGAAAGACGUAGGGCAGCACAGCGCAAUAUGCAGUACACAAACAUAGCAACAGUAGCCGCGGCGGACGGACGGGUUUCCUAAUUUGUUUUUGUAACAUGUUUUGUUACAAAAAUGUCGCUGCGGACCCGGCUUAAUACGUAAUGGAAAGGCGUUUCAUUCUUAUCCUAUAAAUUACAUGAAUCGAAUUUCACUUUUCAAAAUGCAAUAUUUUUAUUUAUUUUCCAAUUAGUAAAUACGUUUAAUGUAAAUAGCGUUAUUGCCAGUGUUACUUAAGAUAUAUUUUUACAGGAUAAUUUAAUUAUUAAUUUGAUUGUUAGCAUACACAAUAUGUAAAAUAGGAAAAAAAAUAUAUACACGAAUUUAUACCGUUAUGUUUGUACAGUUUCAAGUUUGUUUUAAUCAUAAAAUACCUUGACUUGCCUAAAAAAAGAGACUGUAAAACACAUCCAUAAUCCACAUGCGUUCUCACCGUGACUGUAUGAACUGGCCGCUUUAAUACAUUAUUUGCUAACAAUUCCUCGCGCAAGGCCUUAUAUAAUGUGAUAAUAGAACUUUCAUAUUAAUAGAGCUAAAUAUAAUAACAGUAGUGCGAAGCAGUUGUUUAAUAUUUGUUAUAUGAUAAUGACUUUCAAUCGACAAGCAAUUUGCAGAGUUAAGUUUUAUACUAACCCCAUUGAGUCCUUUUUUGCUUGGCAAGCAACAUAGGUUACAUGACAUUAGCCCCCAAGAAUAUAUGUUUUGUACCCUAUGUAUAGAGCAAUAAGGUAGAAUAUUGUAUGAACUGUGAUCUAUUUAUCGAGUAUUCACUUGACUUAUUGUGUUACUCUCAGUAUCAUUGUUAAGGGGAAAUAAAUUGUUUUUAUUGCAUUAUUUAAA